UGGAAUCCAAAAGAAACAAAAAAAGCAGAAGAUAUUGGUGGCUGUAAGGCAGAGGUGGUGCCAAAUGGCCCCUCCAUAGCUUUCACUCACCAUUUUCAGGCGGUCACUCGACCUUUUCCAUCUCCAUAUCUCUCUCUCCCUCUCCUGUGUUUGUCGGUGUGAGAACUCCGCAGGGCUUUCUUUUUUCUUGUUUUUAUUCCUUUCUCUCGGAGAAUUAGAAGGAAAGAAGGAAAGAGAUGGAGUCUGAGAAUAUUGAAGCUAAUCAAGCAAACAAAGAAGGGAUUUCUCUGUACGGAGGCAAGUAUCUACAGUACAACAUUCUGGGUAAUCUGUUUGAAGUCUCCGCCAAAUAUGCCCCUCCUAUUCAUCCAGUCGGUCGCGGUGCAUACGGCAUCGUCUGCUGUGCAACAAACUCUGAGACAAAAGAAGAGGUUGCAAUCAAGAAAAUUGGGAAUGCAUUUGACAAUAGGAUCGAUGCGAAGAGGACGCUUCGAGAGAUAAAGCUCCUUUGUCAUAUGGAUCAUGACAAUGUUGUCAAAAUUAAGGACAUCAUAAAGCCGGCAGAUAGGGAAAAGUUCAAUGAUGUUUAUAUUGUAUAUGAAUUGAUGGAUACUGACUUGAAUCAGAUAAUACACUCUAGCCAGGCUUUGACAGAUGACCAUUGUCAGUAUUUCUUGUAUCAAUUACUGCGGGGAUUGAAGUACAUACACUCUGCAAAUGUUUUGCACCGUGACCUGAAACCAAGUAACCUGCUUCUCAAUGCAAAUUGUGACCUUAAGAUUUGUGACUUUGGGCUUGCAAGAACUACAUCAGAGACAGAUUUCAUGACAGAAUAUGUUGUAACUCGUUGGUAUCGAGCCCCUGAGUUACUACUCAACUGUUCAGAAUACACUGCAGCAAUUGAUAUUUGGUCAGUAGGGUGCAUCUUCAUGGAGAUUCUUAGGAGGGAACCACUGUUUCCUGGUAAAGACUAUGUUCAGCAGUUGAGUCUCAUAACUGAGCUGCUAGGUUCACCAGAUGAUUCAGAUCUUGGCUUUUUAAGAAGUGAUAAUGCAAGGAAGUAUGUUAAGCAGCUCCCACAUGUCCCAAAGCAACCCUUUGCCGAGAAAAUCCCAAAUGUCUCGCCACUGGCAAUUGAUCUUGCAGAAAGAAUGCUAGUUUUUGAUCCAAGCAAACGUAUUACUGUGGAGGAAGCACUGAACCAUCCAUUUUUAUCAAGUCUUCACGAGAUCAAUGAGGAGCCUAUCUGCCCAUCUCCAUUCGUCUUUGACUUUGAGCAGGCAUCCCUGGAUGAAGAAGAUAUAAAGGAGCUCAUAUGGAGGGAGUCUCUACACUUCAAUCCAGACAAUAUAUUGGGAUAAUUUUGUCGACUGCGACCUGUAUUCUCUUUCUGUUGUGUUUUCCACCGACCAGCAUCGCAUUUGAAGGAUGCUUUUGGUUGCGGAAGGUUGGUAAUGUAUCUCAUUUGUGAGGAGAUUCUAUAUAAAAUCAACUAGGGGAGACGGGGUUCUCCUUUGUGUUGAGAGGAUGAAACGGCGGUUUCAUAACGAGAGUGAUAUGGUAAUGUGAAGCUUCUGGAUUGAUUCAAUCUGAGAAUCUAGUAAGAGGUCAGGGUUGGUGUGGCAUAAGAGAAGGCUUGGUUCUCCCGGCCUUCUUUGGAUUUGACGUGGUUUGUAUAUUGUAAAUGCAAUAUGAUUCGAAACCAAAUAAAAGUAAGAAUAUAGCGGGGAAGAUAGCUCAGCUAGUUUGUUUUCGUCUUUA